AUGGGCGCGAACUCGGAUUAUAAUCAUGGCAUCGAAAAAUCAUAUUCGACUGAUACCAACACCAACACCAACACUGACAGAAACAACGUCGUUUAUGACGAUACACCACCAAUCUACUACGACGCUGAGCCAUCAGCCCAGCGACCGAGCUACCCUAAUAACCAAUCCACUUCGCCUAACGAACUGCAAAAGAGGCCUGCGUCACGACCUAAGCCCACGAGUCAACAUAGCACCGGCUCACCCGCAAGUACCAUCGCGGCAGUCCUUGGUUCUGAAUAUACCGAUUUAGAUGCUUAG